CUAGCCCGAGGGAUCCUGGGACUCGCUCGGCCUUUCCGGAAGGGGCGGCUGGGCGUCGGCGUCGGGGCUCGGCCGGUGUACCAGGCCCGCGUUCCAGGCCCUUCCUCCCAGGCUGGCCCGGAGCCGCGGCGACGCUCUCGUGACCGCGGAGGACGCGACGAGCCGGGCGGUUCGCGGAGGUGCCCGUCCUCACCGCCGAGGGAGCCGGAGCGGGCUGACGUGGCGGCGCCUCCCCCUCGCCUGGAGCGGAACUGCCGGAGGAGCCACCGCGCGGGCCGCCGGACCAGGUGAACCGGGUUCCCUCGCCGCCUGCGGGGGAUGAAUCAGCCGCGUAACAGUCAGCGUUGAGGCGCCCAGCCCGUGGCGGUCCUGCUGCGCCGCAGCUUAACGGGGGUGACCGGCUGGCCUGCCUGCGGGGCGCCGCGGUGACCGCUUGCCCUUGACCGGGAAAGCGAGCCGCCCGGCUCCGGGGACAUCUUUGUUUCCUUGAAAGCGCUCCGGUGUCCCCCCCAUCCCCCUUUCUCCGGCGCGCGUCUUGGUGCCAGAGGCUCUUCCAUGAAAGUGUCGCUGGGUAACGGAGACAUGGGCGUCUCCGCCCAUUUACAGCCUUGCAAGGCCGGAACCACACGCAUUUUUACCAGCAACACGCACAGUGCGGUGGUCCUGCAAGGCUUUGAUCAGCUUCGGAUCGAAGGGCUGCUCUGUGAUGUGACUCUGGUGCCCGGGGAUGGCGAGGAGGUCUUUCGCGUGCACCGGGCGAUGAUGGCGUCGGCCAGCGAUUAUUUCAAGGCCAUGUUCACCGGCGGGAUGAAAGAACAAGACUUAAUGUGCAUCAAGCUUCAUGGCGUGAACAAGGUUGGUCUGAAGAAGAUCAUUGACUUUAUUUACACUGCAAAACUUUCUCUUAAUAUGGACAGCCUUCAGGACACCCUUGAAGCUGCCAGCUUUUUACAGAUUUUACCUGUUUUGGAUUUCUGCAAAGUGUUUCUUAUUUCAGGAGUCUCUUUGGAUAACUGUGUUGAGGUGGGGCGAAUAGCUAACACCUAUAAUCUCAUAGAGGUGGACAAAUACGUCAAUAAUUUCAUCCUGAAGAAUUUCACUGCGUUGUUGAGUACUGGCGAGUUCCUGAAACUCCCCUUCGAACGCCUGGCCUUUGUGCUUUCCAGUAAUAGUCUGAAGCACUGUACUGAACUUGAGCUGUUCAAGGCCGCCUGUCGCUGGCUAAGACUGGAAGAUCCUCGGAUGGACUAUGCUGCAAAAUUAAUGAAGAAUAUUCGAUUUCCACUCAUGACACCGCAGGACCUCAUCAAUUACGUGCAGACAGUCGAUUUCAUGAGAACAGACAACACCUGUGUGAAUUUGCUUCUGGAAGCUAGCAAUUACCAAAUGAUGCCAUACAUGCAGCCGGUGAUGCAGUCAGAUAGAACAGCCAUCAGAUCCGACUCGACACACUUGGUAACCUUAGGAGGAGUUUUGAGGCAGCAGCUGGUUGUCAGUAAAGAAUUGCGGAUGUAUGACGAAAGGUCACAGGAGUGGAGGUCUUUAGCCCCCAUGGAUGCUCCUCGUUACCAGCAUGGCAUUGCUGUCAUUGGAAACUUUCUCUAUGUAGUUGGUGGUCAAAGUAAUUACGAUACAAAAGGAAAAACUGCUGUUGAUACAGUUUUCAGAUUUGACCCUCGGUAUAAUAAAUGGAUGCAGGUUGCAUCACUAAAUGAAAAGCGUACGUUCUUCCACUUGAGUGCCCUCAAAGGACAUUUGUAUGCUGUUGGUGGGCGAAGUGCAGCUGGUGAACUGGCCACAGUAGAAUGCUACAAUCCAAGAAUGAACGAGUGGAGCUAUGUUGCAAAAAUGAGUGAACCCCACUACGGCCAUGCAGGAACAGUCUAUGGAGGCUUGAUGUAUAUUUCAGGAGGAAUUACUCAUGACACUUUCCAAAAUGAGCUCAUGUGUUUUGACCCAGAUACAGACAAAUGGACACAGAAAGCUCCAAUGACUACAGUCAGGGGCCUGCAUUGCAUGUGUACAGUUGGAGACAAGCUCUAUGUCAUUGGUGGCAAUCACUUCAGAGGAACAAGUGAUUAUGAUGAUGUCCUGAGCUGUGAAUACUAUUCACCAACCCUUGACCAGUGGACACCAAUUGCUGCUAUGUUAAGAGGUCAAAGUGAUGUUGGAGUUGCUGUCUUUGAAAAUAAAAUCUAUGUUGUAGGUGGAUAUUCUUGGAAUAAUCGUUGUAUGGUAGAAAUUGUCCAGAAAUAUGAUCCAGAAAAGGAUGAGUGGCAUAAAGUUUUUGAUCUUCCAGAGUCACUUGGUGGCAUUCGAGCUUGUACUCUCACAGUUUUUCCACCGGAAGAAAACCCAGGGUUACCUUCUAGAGAAUCACCUCUUUCAGCACCUUCAGAUCAUUCCUAGGACAAAGGUGUUAUAUCUUUGUGGUGCAUAAUGGAUGAUCUCAUCCUUCCCCUUCAGUUAUAACUUCCAAUGAUUGGUCAAGUUAUUAGAGAGAAAGGUAACUGAUGUUGUUUGUAUUGUUUGGCUUAAUAUGUUUAUCAAAUGUUUAAAUGCAUUCUGAAAAUAUUCAACAUAGCCAGCUGUUUUAACACACAAAAAGAUAAUGUAAAAAAUGUUAGAUGUCUUUUGUGGUGUUAUGUCAGUCAGACUGUAGGGUGAUUGUAGUAAAUGUAUAGUAAUGUUCAUCAUGCUUCAAAGUUGAAAGUUUUCGUCUUUUCUUACAAAACAUCAAAGGGUGGCUGCCAGCUCUAACCUAAAAUAAUAAGGAAAAGGUCACCAAGUAUUAUUAGCUACUUCUCUUUUUUUUCUCAUAGAAUUUUUGACAUAGCUGCCAACUCACUAGAUUGUGUGGGUGUAUUCAGAAUAUGUGAAGUUUCUUAGGCAGACAGGAGAAAUAAUAAACUCAGAAAUAUUAACUUGAAAAAAAAAUCAGUAUAGCCCUAAGUCAGAGUUUGUAUUUCUGGAGAGAGUGAGAAAAAGAGAAAAUGCACACAAAUACAUAUGUACAUACAUACAUACAUAUGUAUAUAAAUAUACAUGCACAUAUCUCAUUUUUAAAUUGAUUGGCACUUCAAGUAGAGAGUAAUUGCUUUUAAAUUUAAAUUCUACCUAGCAGCUAUUCCUAUUCAAAUGGGAAUUCAGAAUCAGAGUAUAAAUGUCUAUAUAGUCAUGCUGACUGAAUUGAAAUAGAUAAGUACUAUAACAUAUUGAAUUGACAACCAAGUUUAGCGUUUGACUAAGUUGUUCCUGCCAGAUGAAACUUAUUACUUUUUCUGCUUGUAUAUUGUUUUCUUAGAGUUAGUUGCUUUUAUACAGAUUACUUAGCAGAGCUCAGGUUUCAGAGCAUUGCUUUUGCUCAGUAAAUUUAGGCUCUACUUUCUACCUUUUAGCUCAGUAAUACUUAUGAUUAUAAAAGCAAAGAAAGAAACAUGCUGAACAAAGCUAUAUGAUUUUCAAUUCAGUCUCCCAGUUUAGUCAUUCUAACAAGAUUAUUUGAUUUGGGGUGGCUGCCCUGGUGCUGCUCCCUCCCAUGCAUCCUGAGCUUUGUGUGAUCUGCCUCAAGCCAUGAUCUGUGUAAGCAACAGAUAAACUCUGUUCUGCAUCAGAUCAGAAAAAUGUCCUUUUGGCUAUGUCUAAAGGACAGGACAAACUUCAGAUUCCCUAAGGAGCCAGCUACAGAAAGCGCAGGACACUGCUAUCUCUUGCAGGCAGUACUAAAGUAGAUCUCCAUGUUCUUCAAUACCAAGGCAUCCCUAUUUGUUGAGAACUACCUUGGGAGAUCUUAAUGGGACCUUAUCAGCAAAAGGAAUCACAGGAGUCCUCUGUAGUAAUUCCUUUUUUAGAAUAUUUUUUAAAUUGAUUUUAUAUAUAGAGAGAGAGGAAGGGAAAGGGAAAGAGAAACAUUGGUCGGCUGCCUCCUGCACGCCCCCUACUGGGAAUUGAGCCCACAACCUGGGCAUGUGCCCUGACCAGGAAUCAAACAGGUGACCUCUCAGUUCAUGGGACGACGCUCAACCAACUGAGCCACACUGGCCAGGGCUGUAAGUAAUUCUGAAGUACUUUCCUGGAAAGUCUACCUGAAGAAAAAAUUUACAUAUAUACACUUAACAUACACGUAUAUGUAUGUGUAUAUCCCUAUACUUAGGAAAUUGUCAUAGUGUAAGUCAGGAACAUCCUUCUUAUUAUUGACAAUACCAUAAUAAAACUCAGGAACCACAGCAAAAGGAAUUGGCUUCCAGGGAUCUGAACUUCACUGCCCAUACAAGUGUUGAUUCAUUUCAAUGCUUUUCAUGAUUUCUGCAUUGGCAGAAGUUUUCAUACUUCUAUGUGUUUUUUUUAAUGACUCGAUUUUUUAUUACUAAAAAUAACACAUUUGAGUAUAUUUAGAAAAUAGAAAAUGUAGAAAUGGCUGUGCAUAGAAAUUAGCCUUGUGCAUAGAAUAAGCAAGAAAUGGCAUCCUAAUUAUUUCCUUGAUUAUUAAUGAGGUUAAAUAUUUGUUUCCUUUGAUCAGAUGUUCUUGUCCUUUGCCUUUGUAGUACCUAUUGGGGUUGCCUUGUUUUUCAUAUCAAGUUAUAUGAUCUCUUUAUAUAAUAAAUAUAAUUUAACUGGCA